AUGGUUUCGUCCGGGAUCGAACCGGAGACCUUGAUUUCCAUCAUCGAAUCUUCGGCACUUGGCCCCGCCACCGGCCACGCCACUGGCCCUGCCCAGAAUGCCUUGCUCGCCACAGGCGCGACCCAAGAUGUCUCGCUUGCCACCUUCUCAGGCACUUUGCGGGGCUGGCCGCACCGAUGCCGGUGGUAUCGGCUGCUCAAGCCCGAAGAGUGUUUCUCUGGCGGGCUGGAGUUCCCUCCCAUGGGAUCGAGAGUCGCGGUGACGGCUGCGGUGACGGCUGCAGCGACGGCUGCAGCGACGGCUGUAGAAUGUCCUGGCUGGCAAGGCCAGCAACCAAUGCCAUCGCUCAGUUCCAUCGCUCGGUACCAUUGCUCAGCGACAACCCAGUGUCAAUCCAGUGCCAGGGCCCGUCAGAGACACCAAGGCAAAAGCCUUAUAUAUGCACCCGCUAUGGACUCCACUGACUCCAUUGACUCCAUCGACUCCAUUGACUCCAUUGACCCCAUCGACCCCAUCGACCCCAUUGACUCCACCACGAAAUGUGACCCCGAGGCCCUCACCUGUUUCCGCUUGCUGCCAGUGCCAAGCUCUGCUAUCACACCCGGCCAAGCUCUGUCACCACUCCGAGCCAAGCUCCUCUGUUACCACACCCAGCCAAGCCAUACCAAGCCAUACCAAGCCAUGCCAAGCCAUACCAAGCCA